AUGGAGAAAGAUUUUUCAACAAUUCUACCGCAAGAAAUAUGGAGAGAUAUCCUUGGAAGACUUCCGAUUAGAAGCUUUAUGAGGUGCAAGUUUGUUUGCAAAUCAUGGGGCGAUAUGAUCGAAGGCGGUGACAUUGAGUCGUCUACUCCGAAAUCAUUGCUGGCUUUCGGAAAUCGAGACACAGGGUAUGCAAUCUGCGACGAGGCUGGCCAGCCACUUUUCCAAUUCGGCUCGCCUCAUUACAAUUGUAGUCGUGAUUUGGUUGAUUCAGUCAACGGUUUGCUUUUGGUGUGGGACAGUGGUCAUAAAUAUCACCUUAAUCUUUUGAUAUGCAAUCCAAUUACUUCAAAAUAUGUCGAGCUUCCUCUUUUGCCCGUAGGCAGUAGUUAUAUAUUUGGAUUUGGAGUGAGCAAAUUAAGUGGUCAAUAUAAGAUUGUAUCAGGUGAUCGAUGGAGGCCACAUCAUGUAUACACUCUAGAAAGAGGAGGGUUGUGGAGAAGCAUUGCAGCAGAAGAAACAACAACUCGAUUCUCACUGCCAACUCAUAUGUCUGGUGCAUUUUUUAACGGAAAUCUUCACUGGUUGGCAUCUGACUCUGAGCGGAAUCACGUGGUUUGUUGCUUUGAUCUUGAAACUGAGCUCUCUACCAUGUUUUCUCUUCCUGCUGAUGCUUAUGGAUACAACGAAUUCUUCGGGCUAUGUGUUUUGGAUUGUUUGCUAUGUUUAUGUGACAGUUCUAAGGAUUCGCAUGUUUUUAUUUGGACGAUGAACAACUAUGGAGAUGUGAGCUCUUGGGGAAACGACGUAAAUCAUGUUAAGUAA